AUGUAUUGUGGAAAUGAGGAUGAAUCGGUAAAAGAUGUGGUGAAGGAAGUUGUCGAUAUGCUCUGUGCUUUGGGGACUGAUACCAUGAUAACGACGAAUAAUCAUGAGGAUGUCAAGGAACCUGAUUGUUCCAGUAGCAAGAAUUUUGCCGUGGAUUCAUCACCUAUGAAUGAAGAGGAAGAUGACAACUGGAGAACGAGACAUUAUAAUAUGGGUAUCGCUUCCUUCCUCAAACAGAAUUCUCGGUUAGAAAGCGUAUCUUCCAGAAAAAGGAAUAUGAGUGUACUCUCAGAAAGAGGGAGUGGUAACAUUUCUUCAAGCAAUACUACGAGUCAAAAGAUCGAUGAUGAUCAGAAAAUACCAAGAAAGAUUGCUCGACCGCAGUAUUCAAAUUUCAAAGAGGUGUUUAGAGAAAGGGAAGUUUUCGUGACGAAGGCUGUUGAUUAUGGUUUCAGUGUGUCUAAUUUUUGCAACAACUACUUAAAAAGCUGCAAAUGGAGCAGUUCGGGUAGUUAUUUAGCUACGACUAGUCAAGAUAGGAUAGCUCGGAUAUUCCACUUUGAUCCUGAAAAACUCGAGGUGAAAUUGAAAUCUUCGAUCGGUAUGGGCGAUUUGACCUACGAUUCAUGCUGGCAUCCGAUCAGUGACUGGCUAGUAACAAGUAGCAAAGACCAUCCGAUCCAUGUAUGGGAUUCAGACGGACGGCGGUUGGCAACAUUUCGCGGCAUUAAUAGUCUAGAUGAACUGGAUAAUGCUCAUUCAUUAUGCUUUACUUCCGAUGGUUCUUGUUUAUAUGCUGGUUACAAAAGCAGCAUUAGAAAAUUCGAUAUGAAUCGACCUGGUCAUCAAAUUUCCGAACUGACUACGUGGAAUAAAGAGUCGAAGGGACAGAAGGGUAUUAUCUCCUGUAUUGCUGUCAGUCCUAUACUACCAACAAAUUAUGCCGCCGGAUCAUAUGGCAAAACAAUUGGUUUUUAUUCGGACUAUUCACCGAGUGUGGAAUGCAUGUUCGAAUGCCCACUAGCGGUAACUUUACUUCGCUAUACUCCCGAUGGCAACUUCGUAUUGACAGCGGGGAGGAAGGAUGACGAUAUUAUAUCUUGGGACUUACGAUAUCCCGGAAAGAUCUACAGCUUAUAUAGCCGACCUUCGACAACCAGUCAGCGCAUCUAUUUCGAUAUAGACAGUUCAGGAACAUAUCUAUUCAGUGGCAGUAGCAACGGUGAAUUAUACAUCUUCGAUCUGAAAUACACAAACGGUGAUGAACCGCUGGCGCCGUGCGUCCGACUAUCCGCGCAUAAUUCAACACUAUGUGGUGUGAGUAUCCACAGAGAAUGGCCAAUCGUGGCCACUUGCAGUGGACAAAGAGUCUUUCCGUUCCCUGAGCUGGAUCAAAUGGGUGAUAUUGAUUCAGGAAGCACAUAUGAAGAUGUAAAUUCACCGGAACUUCUGGAUAAUUCUUUAGUGUUAUGGUCAUUUGAUCAGUAG